AUGUACAAAGCUAGUUCUCCAGGCUCCGUUGAUAUUCUAACGCCUGUUUCUCCCAAACCUGUCAACGGUGGAAACAAUACAUUCCAUUCGCAACAUCCAGAACACUGGUCUCUUCGGCUUCAUGGUAUCGAAACUAUGAUAUCCGGGCCGUUUUGUGUAAUCGAGCAUCUCUCUCCCUGCCAACAUAUCAGGGAGUAUCCACGCGCAAUUGCUACAGAACAGGAAGAAACCUUGUGGCUAUCUGUCAAGCAGUAUGUCCCUAUCGAUAACCCUAACCCGAAGCCUGGGGAUAUAACCAUUAUAGGAGCUCAUGCAAAUGGCUUCCCAAAGGAAUUAUAUGAGCCCCUGUGGGAGGAGCUCCUUUCCCGGGCAAAGCGCCAUGGUUUCGCUAUUAGGGGAAUUUGGAUAGCAGAUGUAGCGCAUCAGGGCAAUAGCGGAGUGUUGAACGAGAAUGUCCUGGGAAAUGACCCUUCAUGGUUUGAUCACCCCAGGGACCUGCUACAUUUCAUCAACCUGAAGCGAGAGGAAAUGCCCCGUCCAAUCUUCGGCAUUGGUCAUAGUGUGGGUGGUAACAACCUAGUCAACCUAAGCCUCUUACACCCUCGACUCCUCACCUCCCUCAUCCUCCUGGACCCUGUCAUCUACCGCCCAGAAAUAACCCCGCAAGACGACAUCUUUCAUAACAAACUUGAAUCCAGCACAGCACCCGCCAGAACCGUCGCCUCCAGCUACCGACGUGAUAUCUGGCCUUCCCGCGCUGCGGCCGCUGAAGCUGUCAAGAAAAGCCCAUUCUACCAACACUGGGACCCUCGCGUCCUCGCCCUUUGGAUCCAAUAUGGCCUCCGCGAACUCCCCACCGCCAUUUACCCUUCACCGCAAUCAUCAUCAUCAUUGUCGCCAACUUCACCAGCAAUCCACAGCGAAAAUCCCGUAACCCUUACCACAACCCGGCACCAGGAAGUCUUCACAUUCUCGCGCCCAAACUUCGACCCACCCAACACGAGGCCCAUAAACAGGCUCACGCACCCCGAUCUCGCUCCCGGCAUCACAUACGAAUUCCCAUUCUACCGCCCCGAAGCUGCCCUAACCUUCGCCCGACUCCCUCAUCUCCGCCCCUCAGUCCUAUACGUCUUUGCGGACAAGUCAGAUAUGUGUCUCCCCCAUCACUGCCAAGCUAAGCUGGACAACACAGGCAUUGGGGUUGGAGGGAGCGGCGGGGUGGCGGAGGGUCGUGUCAAGUCCGUUUUGCUGAAGGAUGUGGGGCAUUUGAUUCCGAUGGAGGCGGUGGUGGAGACAGCGGACCACGCGGCCGAGUGGAUCGGGAAGGAGAUGCAGAGGUGGAGGAGGGAGGAAGGGGAGUUUAGACGGGAGUGGGAGAAGAAAUCUAAGAUUGAGAAGGCUACGAUCGAUGAGGAGUGGAGAGGACAUGCUAAGCCACCAGUUAGGAGUAAUCAGUCGAAUGGGGUUGGUGGAGCGGCCAGGGUUGACGCAAAAUUAUGACACAAUAGAUGGGGUUUCUUCUUUUAUAUAUAUGGUUUCAUCGUUGAAAGUGCUUUUAUAGUUGAUUUUUCUCAGUUGAGGCCUUGAUGGAUUUUUCCACAUAAUAUAUAUUUUUGUACCACAUAAG